AUGGCGAGAGGCACGACAACAGUCACGUCUCGCACCCAACCCACCGAGACCAUAUCAUUUCCCGUUUUGACUUAUAGCGACGCAUUACCCCGGAACGACCUUCGCGAUCUUGAUGAGCAAGCUCGAAAACGACUAACCCAGGCUGGAAUUGUUGGACAAUGGGAUUUCCGACAGCCCUCCCCAGUAGAGGGAUGGUUCAGAAGACCACCACCAGGCCCUGGUGCAAAUUUUGACUUUCAAGUGACAUCGCCACCGGAUGAGGCCAUUCCAUCUACCAAUGGAGCGCCCGAGCAGUAUAUGAUCGGAGUUGCCCUGGGAAGCCCAGGCAUGAUCAACAAAGAUGAACCUUUGCCGCCGCCUCGGUUCGAUACAGCAAUCUUUGAACCAGGACGAAUGACACAAAGCCCCCAAGGUUACAAGCCGAGCAAGUGGAAGAAGAUUGGAGGACUGUUCAAGGUGAAGAAUGCACUGUCGCCACCAAACCAACUACAUGGAAGCGUGGCCAACCAACCCGAGAAGUCCAACAAGUCCAAGGAAAGGAAUAAUUCUUUGGAAGAGUGGCCGGCUUUCGAGCUUGACCCCAAGGCAGUCAUGGGCGGCAUUAAUCAAAGCCCUCCACGUUCACGUUCUCGAAAAUUCUCGCUGAGCGGGAGGAAAGCGCCUCCAGAAGAACCACCCGUCCAAAGACCUCUGCUUAGUGUCGACAUCCCGGAUAUCCAAAUGGAGCGAUAUAGUGUCAUGUUCAGCAACGUUGUCAACAAGAACGAGCGACCCUCACUGCUGGCCAGAAGGGCAAAGACGUUGGACAACCUUCGUGUUCCGGACGCAAACGGAUUCCUAAAAGCCCCUGUGCCACCACCAAUGCCGCAACGCCGAGCAACCUCGCCAGCGAGAUCUAGCUUCACCUUAUUCCCGAGCUCCCAGCCGUCCAAAGCGGCCCAAUUACUCGGCACGCAGAACUUCUCUCGCGGCCCAAGCCCUCUAAUGAGGUCCAAUACGCUGCCUGUCGACAGUCCAUCUAAAGCCUCAGCAGACCACUCUCGCAACAGCUCCAACGUCAACAGCACCUCUUCAUUUGAGUCACCUGUCAUCCCAAGACUAUAUACUGAGCGAUCGAGUUCAAACACCCCUCGGUCAUCUAGUAGUCUCGAUAAACCUCUUCCCGCAAUCCGGCCAGACCCACGGGCUUCGCCCCAGCAGAGGAUUGUUCAGCCGCCAAAGAAAAUUCUAUCGCCGCAGAACUCCCGAUCAAACUCGUUCGCGCAACAACAGAAGAGUGCUCACCCUCUUUACCCAAUGCAGGACCAGCAGCCACCGAAGAUCACCCACCCACCAAGAAAGGACUCUCAACCACGGACAGGUCAAAAGCCACUCCAGACAUCCUCGCCACAGAAGCAAGGCAGUCAUCACCGUGUCGAUCACAAGAAUGACGGCCACAAACAAGAUCACCCGGCCCGACCACGUCUCACAGUCCAAACAGAAGCUCGACCACAACCACCAGCCAAAGAUAAGAUCACAAGCAGUACAUCUCUCAGCCCACCCUCGACCUUGAGUGGUGCCCAACAAAGGAUUGACCAAAUCAUGUCCCCAGCCCCUAGGUCUGGCAUUUCCCCGGCAGAUUCAACCCGCCUGCCCUUCGCUGAUGCCGAUGGUGCCAUUGAAAUCAACGAAUAUGAGGAGCCCGAAUCAGAGCAAGAGCCACCUCGCGCUAUCCCACGAGUUGAAGUCUCAACUGCUCGCUCGAUCUCUGUCUCCAGGGGCAAGCGACAAAUGAUUGUUCCUAUCAGCGCUAAGGCUGAACAUUUCGAUCCGGAUGAACGGUUCGUGCAGAGGAGAGCUUUGACGCCGCAAAUUAUGGAUGCUCAUCGGGGUCAUCGGCCUGGUGUUUCGCAGGAGUUGCGAAUUGAGUCACUUUGA